AUGCGGCUGCCAGUGUUUCCGUGUCCACCGACAUGGAUAUUAUCUGUCAUCCGAUUGGAGGCACCAGUACAAAAGCCAGCCUCCAAAAGGGCGGCCACAUCAGUUGCCCAAAUGUCGGCCAGAAUCGGAAACGGAAUCAGCAGCAGCAGCCAUGCUGCCCCACUAAUUGUGGCUUUGACCCUCCUGACUCUAAUGACCCUCGCCUGGGCCCAGGGUGGCGGUCCCGACUACGAAAUGGACUACUCCAACGAGUAUGACGAUGUGCGACCGCACCUGGUCUAUCCGGAUGUUCCGCGGCUGGACAAGCGCAUAGGUGACGCGGCCCGGGAGUUUGGCCAGAACAUCACCCAGGCCUGGCAGUCGAUGGUGGACUCCUUCAAGAACUAUUUCGAGGAGCUGAAGAACCUGUUUGCCGGCUCCCCCGAUCCCAAUGCGGCCAACGAGGUCUUCUCUGCCCACUAG